UAAUACACUGUAUUGCUUUUGGCGAAUUUUCUCGAGAAACAAACGGAGAAUUUCGGGCGAAGACGACGAAGAUGGAGACAGGACAAGCCAGAGAUCCGAAGAGUUUGUUGGUCGGUCUGUUACUGCUGAGUUUGGUCGGAAGAAUUUCGUCCCUCUCCGUGACGGUGAACAACGUAGAAUGCGUCUAUGAGUACGUUCUCUACGAAGGCGACACUGUGUCGGGAAAUUUCGUCGUCGUCGACCAUGAUAUCUUCUGGGGUUCGGAUCACCCUGGUCUUGAUUUCGAGGUCUCAUCCCCUGCAGGGAAUGUCGUACACAGUUUAAAAGGAACAUCUGGAGAUAAGUUCGAGUUCAAGGCACCGAAAAGUGGGAUGUACAAAUUCUGCUUCCACAACCCCUACUCUACACCGGAAACUGUCUCCUUUUAUAUCCACGUCGGUCAUAUUCCCAAUGAA